AUGGCGAAGGCAUCGCCAGCGGAGGACACCAAUGGCAUGGCCACCCGGCUGAGCCUUCUCCGUGUCAACACCUUGGAGGAAAAGGGCCGCGUCACGGCCGCCGGAGCAGGGGACGAGAAGGUGGAGUGGCUCCGGUCGCAGCUGGUCGGCAAGGACGUCGAGUUCGACACGCCGUUCGGCCGCCGCGUGCUGACCUACGCCGACCAGACGGCGUCUGGCCGGAGCCUCCGGUACAUCGAGGACUACAUCGUUAACGAGGUCCUCCCCUUCUACGGGAACACGCACACGGAGGACAGCCACGUCGGGAGCAAGACGACGCGUCUGGUGCACAAGGCGGCGCGCUACGUGAAGCGCUGCAUGGGCGCCGGAGGCGGCGACGCGCUGCUCUUCUGCGGCGCUGGCACCACGGCGGCCAUCAAGCGCCUGCAGGAGGUCAUAGGCGUGGCGUCGCCGUCGGCGGAGCUUCGCGGCCGCCUUCAGGCGCAGCUGCGGACGGAGGAGCGGUGGGUGGUCUUCGUGGGGCCGUACGAGCACCACUCCAACCUGCUCUCGUGGCGGCGGAGCCUCGCCGAGGUCGUUGAGAUCGGCGUCGACGCCGACGGUCUCCUCGACGUGGCCGCGCUCCAACGCGCGCUCGCCUCGCCGGAGUACUCGCGCCGGCCCAUGCUGGGCUCCUUCUCGGCGUGCAGCAACGUCACCGGCGUCAUGACGGACACGCGCGAGCUCGCGCGCGUCCUGCACGAGCAUGGCGCGUUCGCGUGCUUCGACUUCGCCGCGAGUGGCCCAUAUGUGAAAAUUGACAUGAAGUCUGGCGAAAUUGACGGCUACGAUGCAGUCUUCUUGAGCCCCCAUAAGUUCGUCGGUGGCCCCGGCACGCCAGGCAUCCUUCUGAUGAACAAAGCACUGUACCGGCUCAAUUCCCAGCCUCCUUCAACGUGCGGUGGCGGCACGGUGGCCUACGUCAAUGGUUUCAGUGAAGAGGAUACAUUGUACUACGAUGACGUCGAGGAGCGGGAGGAUGCCGGCACGCCGCCGAUCAUCCAAAAGAUCCGUGCAUCGCUCGCGUUUUGGGUCAAGGAGUACAUUGGGUAUGACACGAUGAGCAUCCGAGAGCGAGUCUACGCGGAGAUGGCAAUGAAAAGGCUUGCCAGCAACCCAAACGUAAGGGUUCUCGGCAACACAAACGCGGAACGCCUACCGAUCUUCUCCUUCCUCAUCUACCCUCCGGUGCCCAAUUCAGAGUUUGAGAUGGCCGAUGAGCCGGUUUGCAACAGUCCCUACAGGGAUGUGAGGCGCAAGCGUCUCCCUCUCCAUGGGCGUUUUGUCACAAGGUUGCUGAAUGAUCUCUUUGGCAUCCAAGCGAGGGGGGGCUGCGCGUGCGCAGGCCCCUAUGGCCACACACUGCUUGGAAUAGAGAAUGAGCUCUCCCUUCGCAUCCGGUCCGCCAUUCUUGAGGGGUACAGUGGACUGAAGCCAGGAUGGACUAGGCUGGGUUUUUCUUACUACCUGUCCAACGAGGAGUUUAGAUUCAUACUUGCUGCCAUUGAGUUCGUCGCCUCACAUGGCCACCGCUUCCUCCCUCUCUACAAAUUUGACUGGAUAACCGGUGACUGGACAUUCAGGAAGCAGGCAGUUAAGUACCACAUCAUGAAGGAAGAACUGGCGCUUGGUACUGCCCAUGAUCAGGAGGCUGAAAAGGGCCAGCCAAAGAUUGCAGAUAAAUUGGUGAAGAAACAUGGGUCAAGUCAUAAGAAUUUUGAGAGCUACUUAGAGAGUGCUAAGAAAAUUGCACUCUCCUUGCCUGAUAUCAGUCAGCAGGUUGUCAGUGUUCCAAAAGGAGUAGACCCUGACUUGGUCCUUUUUCAUAUAUAG